CGACGAGCUGCUGCAGCGGAGCGCCACUACGUGGUGGCUCCGACAAUGCUCGCCCGAGGAGUGCGCUACGUCUCGCAGCUCUGAACAAUGCAGAACAUCCUGGGACGAAGCUGUUUGUGACGAGACCAAGAAACGGCGAUCGAUAGCCCUGCCUCCCUUUUUUUUUAAAUCAUUGACGAAAAAUAAACGAGAAAGAAAAAAAAUGUCAAAUAACAAACGCGCACACGUGAAAGGGGACGGGACUGAAGAACCGGCAAAAUGGGGAAAAGGGAUGGGAGGGACAACAGCGAGGAAAAUGAGAGGAAUGCAAGGGCGCUUUCAGUAGGUGUCAGUCCGGCUGGGAGGCGUUUAAGACACCGCAUCGCUCUUGCCUGCGACUAAAAAGAGUGAAUGAGGGAUGUGCGCGAGUCCUUUGGCUGUGGACUACUGUCCUCUGAUUUUUUUUCAAGUGACAUUAUUCGCUUACGUUGAUGAAGAAGGGUGUGCGCUUUUGGAAAAGACGAAAAGCUUAACUGCACGGCUUAAAAUAAAAUAAAAAAAGAAAAGGAAAGGAAAAGCUAAACGUGAAGCGUUGGACUGUCAACAGCAAUAAGACAACACGAGCACGGAGGCUUUGACACCUUAAGACAUUUUACCUUGUGGCUGCCGAGUUUUUGUUUUCGGGAAUAAUGUGAAGUUGUGACCUUUAAUGUUAAGAUUAGGUCAAGAUCAGUCGUCACUCAUGCUGGUACAAUUGACAUUUUCAUCUCACCUGGAUUUCCAGUCGGGCUGCACGGAAAGGGUGCGCAUUUACCUUCUCCCAUUUCAGAGGACCGAUGGAAAUAGAUGGGGUGCUUUUGUUUUGCCACUGACGAUAAGAAACAAUGGAUGUUACCACAGAAGGGCACGCUUUCCUUUCGGACCCUAAAUUAUCUGCUUGGAAAUGUACGUGACCACCUCCACUUUGGGAUUUUGCUCCUGACAUCCCGUAGACAGAGCCAAAUCUGUUUAUCCUGGAAUAUAGGACGCUGCAUCAUUUUUUGUGCCCCCAUCGACGCGCAGAAGGAUGUCUGGUGAGAUUUCUCCUUCCCAGGCUGUGUAUAUCGGAGUAGAGGUCGCGAUUGCCGUCUUGUCCGUCCUGGGAAAUGUGAUGGUGGUCUGGGCUGUCAAAAUUAACCGUGCCUUGAGAGACACGACUUUCUGCUUCAUCGUUUCACUAGCCCUGGCUGACAUCGCGGUGGGGGCUUUGGUUAUCCCCCUGGCGAUUACUAUCAGUAUUGGGCUGCAGACGCAUUUCUACAGUUGCCUGUUGGUCGCCUGUACCGUUCUGGUCUUGACCCAAAGUUCAAUUUUAGCGCUGCUUGCCAUUGCCAUCGACCGCUACCUGAGAGUCAAGAUUCCGACCAGCUAUAAAACGGUGGUCACGCAGAAGAGAGCAGGAGUGGCAGUUGUGGUUUGCUGGGCUGUGUCUUUCAUUGUUGGACUCACGCCGAUGCUGGGCUGGAAUAACCUGACCAAGAUCCGCCAGAAUGGAGACCACAAUUCUUCUGACCUGAUGAUCACCUGCCAGUUUGAAAAUGUCAUCAGUAUGGACUAUAUGGUCUACUUCAACUUCUUUGGCUGGGUGCUGCCUCCUCUUGUGCUUAUGCUCUUAAUUUACACUGAGAUUUUUUACAUGAUCCACAAGCAGCUCAACAAGAAGGUUUCUGCCAAUUCCACAGAUCCAAGAAAAUAUUAUGGGAAAGAGUUAAAGCUGGCCAAGUCACUGGCUCUGGUGCUCUUCUUAUUUGCAGCCAGCUGGCUACCUCUUCACAUUUUAAACUGCAUCACAUUAUUCUGCCCUUCGUGUCAAAAGCCAAUGAUCCUGACUUAUAUUGCCAUAUUCCUUACCCACGGAAACUCGGCAGUUAACCCCAUCGUCUACGCCUUCAGAAUAAAAAGGUUCAGAACAGCUUUCCUCAAAAUAUGGAGUCAGUAUUUCUGUUGCAAGCAAAUACCCAAUCCUUCUAACUUUUGUAGCGAGAGAACAGACAAUGAUCUGCAAAAUGCAAUCUGAGCUUUCAUAAGGAAAGUUGUUCUUGAGGACCCGGGACUCUAAGAAUGUAAUUCGCCUGAAUGAAGAGGCACACUGAGUGCUGUCAGCUUCACAGGCAGCAUAUCGCUGACUCGACUGAAAUAUCAUGCAGUGCCAUUCUGAUCUGAGAACUCAGUUCAUAAACCGCCUGGAGGAGAGAAAUAUCAGAAUUUAUUUGCAAUAACGGAUUCUUGACUAAAGCAGGAAUGUGUGCUCAUUUGUAGCUUUCACACACACAAAUACGUAAGAGUCAGAGCAGAGCCACAUCAGUGUGUGGCUGCAAAAGGCGAAAAUGACGAGUAUUAACAUCAUGUAGAAAAUUAAAAUGAAAUGUUAUGUGUUUAGCUAUUCAUAAAUCUAUUAUAAGGACAUAACAAGCCACACACACACACACACAUAUAUAGAAAGAGGUAUUAAAAUAUAGCUCCAUGUAGUUCUUUUAAUGGAGGAAAAGUUCAUAAGGAUUAGUCACUUGUGAACUUAUAACUGGAUAAUGGAAAGAGAUACCAGAAAACAGUCCUAUAUACUGUAAAUGAGCCAACAGCACCUCAUGAUCCACAAACAGAAACUGUUUCAAAAAAAUACACAUUGGGCUCUAAACACUGAAGAAUCAAUAAUAUAUGUGAAUUUAAAUAAGUGGAUUUCCAAGUUGGACCAGGCAAAAGGCUUACAAAAAAGAUACAUCACCACAUAUGGAUAGAACAAAGACAGAACGUGCAUAUGUAUGCAAAGACAACUAU